GGUUGUUGGGGAGGGGCAGGGGCAUGGGUGGAGCGCAGGUUGGUAGUCGGGAGAGGGGCGCGAAGGCAGCACCCAAGAUGGAACCCGGGCCGGUCAUCUGAAACACAUUUUUGUUACUGCGGGCUUGAGUACGUUUCUUUUUCUCACGCUGAUGUCCCUGUCGUGUCUCCCACAGGCCAUCAGCAACAAGGACCAGCACAGCAUCUCCUACACUCUGUCUCGAGCACAGACCGUGGUGGUGGAGUACACACACGACAGCAACACGGACAUGUUCCAGAUCGGGCGCUCCACGGAGAGCCCCAUCGACUUCGUGGUGACGGACACGGUCCCCGGCAGCCAGAGUAACGGGGACACGCAGACGGUGCAGAGCACCAUCUCCCGCUUCGCCUGCCGCAUCAUGUGCCAGCGCUGCCCCCCCCACACCGCCCGCAUCUACGCCGCCGGAUUCGACUCCUCCAAGAACAUCUUCCUGGGGGAGAAGGCAGCGAAGUGGAAGACGCCGGACGGGCAGAUGGACGGGCUGACCACCAACGGCGUGCUGGUGAUGCACCCCCGGCUCGGCUUCACCGAGGACUCCAAGCCCGGCGUGUGGAGGGAGAUCUCCGUGUGCGGCAACGUCUUCACCCUGCGGGAGACCCGCUCCGCCCAGCAGCGGGGCAAGAUGGUGAGGAACCGCCCCCGCACCCCAACACGCCUGCGCCCCAACACACCUCCUACACACGCCUGCACCCCAACACACCUCCUACACACGCCUGCACCUCAACACACCUGCACCCCAACACACGUGUCUUACACACACCUACAUCCCAACACGCAUCUUACUCAAGCCUGCACCCCAACACACCUCCUGCACACACCUACACCCCAACACACCUGCACCCCAACACCCCUCCUACACACGCCUGCACCCCAACACACCUCCUACACACGCCUGCACCCCAACACACCUCCUACACACGCCUGCACCCCAACACACCUGCACCCCAACACACCUCCUACACACGCCUGCACCUCAACACACCUGCACCCCAACACACGUGUCUUACACACACCUACAUCCCAACACACAUCUUACUCAAGCCUGCACCCCAACACACCUCCUGCACACACCUACACCCCAACACGAGUCUUACUCAAGCCUGCACCCCAACACACGAGUCUUACACACACCAUUUGACCCGUCUCCUCAAUGAAAAACUGAGCUUGUUUUAAGGGUAAAAGAACAAAUUUGGGAUUUUGCCAGUUCAGCCCGUAGAGGCUGCAGGGAGCUUUGGUAUGCAGUGUAGCUCUGGCUCCAGUACGUCUCUGAGGCAGCUGCAUUAGUAAUGAGUCAUCCUGUCUUUAUAUUUAAAUUAAUCAUGGCUUGGGGGGGGUUUCCAGGCAGGUAAAAUCAGUGUGUCUGGUUUCCUUGAGCUGCUAUAGCUCUGUCGUACGCUGACCUGACCUCAGACGCCUGUACCGAACGUGUGACUCCGUAGCACUGUCUGUGGCCAAUCAGGAAAGCUCGCCAGGCGGCCGUCGCCACCGGUGAACACAUUCGCCCGAGAGCGGAUCGUUGAACUCUCCUGACCCCUCCGCUCCGGACCCGAGCGAGGAGGGAUGUCCGCACGCUCCGCACGCUUUGCGCGGGCGUCCCUGUGCUUGGCGGUAUCGGCGGUAAUUGAGUUCUGCUCGUGACACACUUAGCCCCGCGCUAAGUGGAGAGCGCUGUCCCCAGGUAGCUCAUGGAAACGGCCCCAGUGUGGCCGUACGAACGUGGGCUUGUAGGCCUGUGGGCUUUCCCUUCUGACCUGUAGGUGAACUCGCCCAUUUCCAUAGCGAUUCUCAGAGAGUUGUCCUCUCUCUUUCUCCCCUGCCAUCCCUCUCUCUUCCUCUCUCGCCAUCCUCUCUGUCUCUCCCACUCUACCUCUCUCCCCCUCCCUCCCUCUCGCUGUCUGUGUCCUGUCUGUGCUUCCAUCUCUUUUUUCUCUUUCUCUCUCUCUCUCUCUCUCUGUCUCACCCUCUUUCUAUCCCUGACUCACACUCCCUCUCUCCCUUCCUCUCCCUCUCUCUCUCGUAGCUCAGAUGAUCCCACUCUCUGGCUAUACGUCGCCCCGCCCCCCUCUGUACAUUCAGAGUGAGGGAGGAGGGGGCGGCUCGGGCAAGACGGAGUUUGGCGAAAGUCACGUGACCCGACCGCGCCGGGUCGCGUGGCGGUUUUACAGAGCGAUCGUUAGAGAGUGGCCAAUUGCGUCGCGAGGAGCUCGGCCAAUCGCGGGUCGAGGAGCCCGGCCAAUCGCGGCGCGGGGAGCUCGGCCAAUCGCGGCGCUCACAGGCUGAGUGAACCUCAGACGGACUCUCUCCACAGCGCUUUAAAAAGAGUGAUGUGAGCGCGUUUCACAAAGCGUCACCGUCCUCCCUGGAACAAGGGGUUCUGAAGGGCAGGUACAUUUUGUUUUUUUCCA